AUGUCAUCGAGUUCCCAAUCCUGGAGGAGAUGCUCUCAAAAAUAUGGUUCUCCGGGUGAUAUAUUAUUUUCGACCGUCGCCGGAGCACCGCCUCAUGUGCACUCUCCGCAAAAAAUCGAGUACUUUCUGGAACCAGGGAACUCGCUUCCUCCAGCAAAGUGCACUCCGAUUUCUUUAUCUAACAGUCUUAUCGACCCUAACAUAGAGCUGCCCGCCAUAAGCGUGCGUGAGGUCGAUGCUGUCUUGAGCAGCCUUAAUUCUUCGGUCUCUUCCACCGUUGCACCGGAUGACGUGGAUUGUAAGAUUUCUACCGUUCACAGAAAACCACUUGGACUUAACUACACAUCUAGAUGUUCUGAGGCGGUUGGCUUGUGCUCUGUGUCCUCGUCGAUACCCUACGAUGAUGGUUUCAAAGAAGACGGAAAGCACUUCUUCAGUGCUGAUGUAAAACUAUCCGCCAAAACUCCCCAGUGUGUCUAUGCUGUGAACAACUCUAAUAAUUCAGCUGCCAGACGUGCAUUUAGUCUAAGUAUUGAUCGAAUAACGGAAUCCAGUGAAUGCAAUAACACCGAUAGUGGUAUCUCCAGUUGCGCUUUAGGUCACACUAGCGAUGAGUCCAGUGCCAGAAAUAAAGCGUUUCCUCAAGACGAAAGAUCGCUUUCGGAUUUCUCAGUCAAUGGAACAUUGCCUCUAAAUGGCGGAGUGACCCAACUGUCUAAGCACGACAGUGUCAAAGUUCUGACAUUGCGUUCAACUGAUUCUUUACGGCUCCUGCCACAUACAGGAUUAUCUGUUAGAUCAAACGUUACACGUGAUGAUUGUGCUCCAAAUAAAAAGCACGUGUUGGCAAUGCGGACGGUCCCCACUGUUGAGUUAGAGUCCUCCGUGCAUGGUCUUCCAUUACCUCGACCCAAACAACUUGCUCGCGAUCGCUCACCAUUUAUGAGCCUUGAUCUGGCCACUCAAGCGCCGAUCAAUAAACCAAAUAUUCCUAAUUCAUCAAUGUCAGACGAAGCUGAAAAGUACCGGGAAGCGAACCUUUCUGUGCGAAUAGCAAAUCAAGCCCAGUUUUUCCCAUCUCGAAGCAUCGGAUCAUUGAUGCGUUCAACGCUUACUGUGCAACCUCUUCAAUCAAGUAUAAACUCUUGUCCUCAUCCACGUUGCGGUCGACGUUAUCAGGCAGAGUUGGCGCUACUGCGUCACUUACACAAGUACCACUGUGAACCGAUUGAGUUACCGCAUCGUAGACGCCCGGCUCCUGGCCGACGGCUACAACGACGACCAGCAUCGGAAGAACGUUCAAAUAAUCGCUUGUGUGGUGGUAGUGACUCCUCCACUGAUGGGACAUUAAAAAUAUUAUUAGAACCCUCGUCAUUUCUGCUCACACAGUUGCACACGUCCAUUUCGGUGGAGGAUACCGCGUUUGGGGCUCGAACAAUCACAAUUUUGCCUGGUGGUGACAACCGGCAUUUGAUUCAACCAUCCGGUUCUCUUGUUCGGGCAAUCCCGACUGCCGGAACAACUGUCACGGCUACGUCGGCCUCCGCGGACAAGGCCGAGUCAUCUGUUCAACCAACGGUCGCCCAGCCUAUCUCUGUGAUCGGCGGUCAUUCUGUAUCAUCCAAACCCAGUUCUACACCGACUUCUGUGAACGGGACUGGAGGGAAUGGAUUGCGCCGGUGCUUUGUAUUGCAGCAUAAUGGUCAUAAAGGUAAUUUGAAUCAACUAAACUAA